CCCCACCCUUCUCACACCAACAGAAAUCAAGCAACCGCCUCUCAAGUCUCACCAUUCCCUCUCUUCCUCCCUCCUACAGAGAAGGAGAGCCUACUUAUAAUAAGAACGAGGGAAGCAGCAAAGGGAUUAUUAUAUAUCAAUUGAGGGAAAGAGAAGCAUAAGGAAAUAGUUGUGGAUUUUGCUCGCUGAGAAGACAAAGGAAGUAUAGAGGGAGAGGGAGAGGGAGAGAGAGAGAGAGAGAGAGAGAUUAAAGAGUGGCAGUCGCCUGUGAUGAUGAAGAAGAAAGAGCAGUAGCAGCAGGAGCGGCCGCAGCCUUGUCGGUGUUAUUGGUAAAUGCUGCAUCACAAGAAGAAGGACGACGGAGAGGAAAGCAGCUUGUUUGCUCUCUCCGAUUCCACCCCCGUCGCUUCUUCCCCUCCUCUUCUCCCCCUCUUCCACCCUCCCCGGAUCCUCCAAAUCCCCCCUUCCGACGAUAACCCCAGCCCUAAUGCCCACCUCCUCCACCACCUUGCCCUCUCCACCCCCCACAAACGCCCCUCCUUGACCCCGUCCCCCUCCCCUUCCCCCACCGUCGCAACCGCUGCCCCCUCCUUCGCAUCCGCCACCGUCGGGCCCCGGCGCUCACGCUUCUCUGCCGCCUCCACCGGUUCCGCUCUCUGCCAGAUCCUUCGCCGCUUCCACCUCCGCCUCCGCCUUUUUCUCCUCCUCUCCUUCCCCUCCCUCUACCUCCUCUUUUCCUCUUCCUCCGCCUCCUCCUCUUCCUUCUCCUCCUCUGACAUCACCCGCGGCCGCUCCUUCCUCCUUGACUUCUUCUCCGCUCUCGCCUUCUCCUCCGUCCUCCUGCUUCUCCUCUUCUCACUCCACGACCACGCCCUCCCCCUCCCCUCCCUUCGCCUCCUCCUCUCCCGUUCCUCCGCCCUCCUCCUCCCCCGCCACCACCACCCACGCCCUCCCCCCGUCCUCUGGUCCAUCGGCGACUCCUCCGCUGGCAAGCCCGGGGCCAACCGCGGCCCCACCUCAGGGUAUGCCGUCCAGGCUUAUAGCAAUGGGGAUGUCUACGAGGGCGAGUUCCACAAGGGCAAGUGCGCCGGGAGCGGGGUGUACCACUAUUACAUGAGCGGGAGGUAUGAGGGCGACUGGGUUGACGAUAAGUACGAUGGGUAUGGUGUGGAAACCUGGGCUCGGGGCAGCCGCUACCGUGGCCAGUAUAGGCAUGGACUUCGCCAUGGGGUUGGGGUGUAUCGGUUCUACACGGGUGAUGUCUUUGCUGGGGAGUGGUCCAAUGGGCAGAGCCAUGGGCGUGGAAUGCACACCUGCGAAGAUGGGAGCCGAUAUGUAGGCGAAUUUAAAUGGGGAGUCAAGCAUGGGUUUGGCCAUUACCAUUUCAGGAAUGGAGACACCUAUGCUGGUGAGUACUUUGCAGACAAGAUGCAUGGAUUUGGGGUGUAUCGUUUUGCAAAUGGGCAUCGAUAUGAGGGAUCAUGGCAUGAGGGAAAGAGGCAAGGUUUGGGAAUGUACACAUUCAGAAAUGGGGAGACACAGUCAGGUCACUGGCAAAAUGGUCUGCUAGAAACUUUGAGCACCCAGAGCACCAAUCCUGGAUCACCAAUUGCCGUUAACCAUUCUAAAGUACUAAACGCAGUUCAGGAAGCACGAAGAGCAGCUGAGACAGCUUAUGAUGCACCAAAGGUUGAUGACAGGGUGAACAAAUCGGUAUCAGCAGCAAAUAAAGCAGCUAAUGCAGCUAGAGUUGCUGCAGUGAAAGCUGUUCAGAAGCAGAUUCCUAGUAACAACGGUGAUAUUCCAAUCGCGAUCGUCUAAGAUGCUUUUUCUUUCGUGGUAGCAGGGUAGCCAACUUGUGAACGAGGAUGACCGUAAGUUACUAGUUAGCAUGUUUAAGAUGGAGAAAGAAAUGGGCAUCCAAGAGAGUCCCCAGCAUUCUUGCAGCAUGUUAUAUUUUUUUUUCUUUUUAUCUUGUCCCCCUUUUUUCCCGACAUCCUACAUUCUACUUUGAGCUGCUUCCCCUCACCUGAAGGAGGAAAAGUGAUGGGAAUCAGUAGGUUUGUUUUUCUUUUUCAUCCUUUUUUUUUUGUUUCAUUUAAUGUGCAUAUAAUGAGUGUUUAUGCUCAGAACGGUGUCAUCAGAUCUAUCUUCGUGGUCCUGUGUGGAGUUUUCGUGAGCACAAACUUUAUGUGUGAAACGGUGGCUACUGGUCGGUCGUAUGAAAUAGCAGAUGUUGAAACCAAGUCUUCAAAUUA